AUGGCUACUUCCGAGUAUCGGAAGAUCUCCGAGCAAGCUUCCGAUAUCGACUGUCCGACGCUCGAAACAGAAGAGACUGAAGAGCUCUUAUCCCAAAAAGCACAGUCCCGCAAACUUCUCAGAGAUCUUCCAAGCUGGCUAUAUGCAGUACUUACUAUAUGUCUGGCUACUUUAAGCUUUACUGCAGGACUGUUCAUCGAACUGGAUCUCGACAGGAAAUGCCUCGUCCGCCAUUCUUAUUAUUCUCCCGCACUUAAUCAAAUUGAUGCGGGAUAUAGGAUUGUUCGGUUCAACAGUACCGUUGGUAGUCCCACACCAUUCGGUGGGACCCCGCGACCUGAGAUCGACAAUGCCUGGGCGGCCGUGGACCAAGUUCGAGUGCGGGGUAUAUCUCAAGAGGAAUUGAUCCGCAUUGGCGGCUCAGUGGAUGAUGUGAGAUUGCCCGACGAUCUAGGAGGGGGAUACAUGGCAUCGGAUAUGUAUACCCAUGAGCUUCACUGCCUCAACUUCCUCCGCAAGGCAACAUAUCCCGAGUACUAUAAUCAGUCACAUGGAUUCACGGAUCUGCCGCAUGUGGUGCGCCUGCACCUAGACCACUGUAUUGAACUGAUUCGGCAAUUUGUUGUCUGCCAGGGUGAUGUCGGACUCUACACGUUUCAGUGGCUGGAGCACUACCCGACCCCUUACCCCAAAUUCAGCACAUGGCAUCAAUGUCGCAAUACCGACUCGAUUGAGACCUGGAUCACGCAAGGGGCCAUUCAAACACCUUCCAACUAUACAUGGCCACGUGUUCCUGGAUCAAUCGUAUUUCCUCGACCGGACGCUGAUUGA